UGUUACAGUGGUGUCCAACUUUAUUGCUGAGAAUCCUAAUUCAAUUUUCAACAUGGUAUUGUUAUAACAGAUUGACAAAAUGAUUUAUGAAAUCAUCUGAUAUCCGUGUGAAUGUAUCUUACAUAUCUAAUACUUUUAGUGCAUAGAUUUAUCAGAGUAAACAGUUUUAUAAUUGUAGGUCAUUUCGUGUCCAUAUUGUAACGAUCGAUAUAUAGCAAAAAACAAUGACUGUAUCACAUAUUUUGUAAAUUAAAUUUGACCUUCCACUAAAACCCAUCCCAACUUAACCUAAUUGAAUUAAAAUACCACAGAUGCUCUGACUGGAAUUUCAGAAAGGAUUGUUCUAUGUUUGUGUCCAGGACUGAAACGUUCGAAACAGAGCAAUGCUGAAAGUAAAGCUGAGGUCCAGUCGAAGGGAAAAAAACAAAGCAACACCGAUACAAAAUGAAACAACGACAGUGAAGUUAGAGAAAAAAUCUUCCAAACAGAAAAUGAAAGAAUAUAGAGACAGGUUAAAGGAAAAUCCAGACACAUACAAAGCAUAUCUAGCAUCAGAAGCUGAAAGAAAUAGGGCAUAUAGGGCAAAGUUAGGCGACCAGCAAAGGGAGAGGCAGCGUGAGAAGACCAGAAUUCGGGUACAAAAAUUCAGAGAAAAGAACAAAUCUGCAUUGAUUUUAAAAACGCCACAAGAGGAUGCCUUGGUACAACAAAAAACACCAAAAACGAGACAAAAGGUUAAAGACCAGAGGGAGUAUUGGCGAGACAAAAAGAAAGAGCAGAGAAAAAACAUGACAGCUCAAAAACGAAGGAGAGUUAAUGAAAAAAGAAGAUUAAAUUAUGCCGAAAAGAGAGUUAAAAAACUAACAACAAAAGAAAAAGAAAAGGAAGAAAGAACAAUUUCCCCAGGGUACAAAACCAAAGAGGCAGAAAGGAAAGCAGUAUACCGCGCUAAACAAUCUCUGCCAUCUUCACCUAACAAGUUCGCAAGUGUUCUCGCUGGUAUUGCUGCAUCGGCCACCCCAAGAAAAAGGGCAGCAUUGCAAAAUGAUGGAAUCAUAUUAACACCAUCAAAACGACGACGACUGGAAAUGUGUAGUCAAUCCCUUGCAAAAAUAACGGGUGAAAUUCAAAGUAAAAAAUAUAAAAGAUCGAAGUUGGCAUUGAGUAGGAGACGCAUUUUAGCAUCAAGCAUAGUUUGGUCCAGUAACACACACAUGAGAAAAAACUAUGGUAUGUCGUGGGCUUUUGCAUACAAAUGUUCAAAACUUAAGGGAGUAUGGACUGACAAGAAAAGAAGUGACGCCUUGGACGAAGAUACAAUAAAAAAAGUUGAAGAUUUUUUCAGGCAACCGUGUAAUUCAAGAUGCCUACCGGAUAAAAAACAUGUGUCAAAGAAGACCAUGGAACCAAAAAGAAUAAUGGAAGUGAGCAUUGUAGAUACAUAUGAAAAGUUUAGAGAACAGAAUGCAGAAUGCAACAUCAGUUUCAGUAAAUUUUCUUCCCUUCGACCAUGCAACGUUAAAACAAUGAACAAGAAUGCUUUCAAUAAUUGUUUGUGUGAAUACUGCACAAACAUUGAACUUAAAGUCAAAGCCAUUGAAAAAGUAGUUGGAAACAGAAGCAUUGUCAGGAAUCGCUAUGAUAUAUCUAAAGAAACCCUUUGUUCAAAGGCGCUUAACUCACAGUUCUACCAUAAAAAAUGUUUGGAAAGAAGGUGCGAUAAAUGUGGCCCUGAGAAAUUUACAAAAUCCCUAACUGAUGUUUUAAACAAAAAAUCAACUACUCUAGAGUGGCACAGAUGGGAGAACCAAACUAUAAUAGACAGAGGGGUGAAAAAGACAAGAAAGAUGCUACAGAUGAAAAAGAAUAACGUUACUCUUUUCAUGGCAGAAUUAGCAGCCGAAAUUGGUCCUUUUAGUGCUCAUUUGCAUAAUGCAGCUUGGCAAUACGAGCAAUUCAGCACACUUAUAAAGAAUGUACCUGAGAAGUGGGUUGUUUUUUGCAUGGAUUUCGCCGAAAAUUAUACAUGUUUGUAUCAAGACGAGGCUCAGAGCGCGCACUGGAAUCAUGGCCAAGUUACCUUGUUUUCAAUAGUAGCAUACUACCAUUGUCAAUCGUGUUCAGCUAAUAUGAAUGAAAGUUUGAUUUUCAUCACUCCAGAUAGGAAACAUGAUAGUCAUGCUGUUCAUUGUUUCAAUACAAUAGCAAACGAGUAUUUGAAAAGAAAGAACAUUGUCAUCGACAGACAAAUACACUUCUCAGAUGGAGCUGCAAGUCAAUUCAAAUCUAAAACGCCUUUUGAGGAUUUGAGAAAAGGAUCAGACGACUUUGGAUUCCACAUCGAAAAGCACUUUUUUGGGUCGAGACAUGGAAAAGGUCCAUGCGAUGGAGAAUUUGGGGUUGUAAAAAGAACAGUAGCAAAUGCGGUUAAAUCUAGAAAUACAAUACAUGUAGUUAGAACCGCAGAGGAAUUUUAUAUGUAUGCAAAGGGUGCUUUGACAAAACCAAAAGACACCGAUGAAAAAUGUUGCCACACACAGCGUGCCUUUUUUCUUGUUGAGGAAAAAGACAUUCAACGACAAAGACCAGACCGAAUUAACGUCAAAGCUAUUAAAGAUACAAGAAAGAAGCAUGGUGUCAAAUCUCUAGCUGACGGAACAUUGGCAACACGUUUACUUAGCUGCUUUUGUAGAGAAUGCACUACACACAAUGGCACGUGUAUUAACCUACAACAUGUUGAUGAUUGGGAAAGCACAUCAAAGAAAAAUAAGAGUGUUCCCUUAAACAAAAGGGACUUUGGAAGCAAAAAUACAGACAAGACCCAAAAGAGAAAUAUGAUAAAAAAAGAUGAGACACAAGGGAUAAAAUCCAAAAAAAAGAAUGACAGUUUAAGGAAAAAAACAAAAGUCCCCCUGAACAAGAAAUAUGUUAAAAGGACCAAAGAUGAGGCUGUUAAUGAUCGUUUUGAUAAUGAGUGGCCGAAAGAACGUAGUGCAUAUUUCCAGAUGGUUUUACUUUAUUUACAGUCCUCAGAAUCAUUUGAUGACCUUCAGGCAAAAUGUAUUGAGAUUAAUGAAAGUCCAAUGUUCCACAGUUACCCAUUUACAGUCGAUAAAGACAUUGCUAUGGUGACUCAUAACCUUGCUGCAGACAGACAAGCAAUAGAUUGUAUGCCUAGAGACGGACUUGAAUUAUUCAGCUCAAUGUUACCAGUUUGCGUUAUUGGAGAUGGAAAUUGCCUCCCUAGGUCUGCUAGUGUCGCCUGCUUUGGCAAUGAAACUGCCCACAAAGAAAUAAGAGCGCGUAUCGUGGUGGAAAUGUGUUUGUAUAAGCACCAAUAUGUUGAUAACGAAUACCUAAAUAAAGGUGUUGAUUUACCUCAAAAAGAAGCUAAGAAUCUUGUAAAAACAUAUGCAAUGUUUUCGGAAAAAUACACACCCGGCGACAAACUUACCAAUGAAGUCAUUAGCAGAAUUUAUGACGCUGAAGUUUCUGAGAUUGUCAAAUUGGCAUAUUUAUGGGAAUUUGGCAGUUAUUUGCAUUGUCAUCAUGUGCAAAUACUAGAAUGUAUUCUGUAUACCCAGAUUUAG